CUCCUCCUCCUCCAUUUCUCUCCAUCCUCAACCAAAGUGUUUUUCAGAGAAACACAAACAAAAAACAGAGAGGGAUUCCGUUUUUUCAUUAGCCUCACAAUCUUCUUCUGCUGUAGAACAGAAAAUCAAUCUAAAAAAACUUUCUUUCUUUCUACAGUAGUUGUUGUUGUUGUUUGUUUGCUAUCUGAAAAAACGCCACACCCAGAUCUCUUUUUUCAAAAAAUAAAAUAAAAUGGCUGCUCGUUCUUUCUCUAAAAACGCUCAACUUAUUUCUUCUCUCAUCGAUGGCGUUUCUCUUUCUCUUAACAGAUCUAGAGGAAUCUCAUCAGUGGCGACACAAGCCGUUGGAUCAAGAAAAAGUGUGAUGGUGGUAACCGGGGGAGACGUAAAAUCAAAAUCGUCGCCAUCAGCAGGAUCAGUGACUGAAACAUCUCCAUGGGUUCCGGAUCCCGUUACUGGAUAUUACAGACCGGAGAGUCAUGCGGAUGAGAUUGAUGUGGCUGAACUUAGGGAGAUGCUUUUGAAACAGAGACAGCAUUAGAUUGUUUAUCAAUGUUUAGUCUAAAUUGGAUUGAUUUUUUGAUGAUCGAUCAGUGCGUAACAGCGUAGCGUGAUUAUGCUGUGCUUGCUGCACAAUUUAGAUUUGUUUUAUUAAGCAGUUUUGAUGAUGAAAUUUGUUGACAGUACACACCCAGUUGUGCCCCCGGAGUUUGGUCGGGGAGAAAUGUCUCUCUUUUUACCGGGGAGGAAAUUUUUAUAAUAACCAAAUGUCAGGUUUUCAUGGCUCAUUUGUUAUCGCACUAGUCAUUGUUUCCUUGCAAUUUCUA